UUUCAUCUCGGGGUCGGAAUAAAAGGGCUGGAAUAAAAGGGGACAGAAAAGGCGGCGGGCGGGCCCGUAGGAGUCUGGUGGCUGCAGAGCCGGAGCCGGGCCACCGCUCCCUGCUGCACCGCACCAUGGCUCCCACCCUGGCCACUGCCCAUCGGCGCCGCUGGUGGAUGGCCUGCACGGCGGUGCUGGAAAACCUCCUCUUCUCGGCAGUCCUCCUAGGUUGGGGCUCGCUGCUCAUCAUGCUCAAGUCGGAGGGCUUUUACUCCUACCUGUGUACUGAGCCAGAGAAUGUCACCAAUAGCACCGUGGCGGGUACCGAAGAGCUAGAGCAUCAGGAGGUGAGCUGGAUAAACGGCUGGCUCAGCUGCAAGGCCCAGGAUGAGAUGCUGAACCUGGCCUUCACUGUGGGCUCCUUCCUGCUCAGUGCCAUCACUCUGCCCCUGGGCAUCGUCAUGGACAAGUAUGGCCCGAGGAAGCUCCGGCUGCUGGGCAGUGCCUGCUUUGCAGUCUCCUGCUUGCUGAUUGCAUAUGGAGCAAGUAACCCAAACUCUCUCUCCGUGCUCAUCUUCAUCUCCCUGGCUCUGAAUGGCUUCGGUGGGAUGUGUAUGACCUUCACCUCAUUAACACUGCCCAACAUGUUUGGUGACCUUCGGUCCACACUUAUUGCCUUGAUGAUUGGGUCCUAUGCCUCCUCAGCAGUCACCUUCCCAGGAAUUAAGGUCAUCUAUGACUUUGGUGUCUCCUUCAUCGUCAUCCUCGUGGUCUGGGCCGGCUGCUCCGGGCUGGUUUUCCUCAACUGCUUCUUUAACUGGCCUCUGGAGCCCUUCCCGGGGCCAGAGGACAUGGACUACUCGGUGAAGAUCAAGUUCAGUUGGCUGGGCUUUGACCACAAGAUCACAGGGAAGCAGUUCUACAAGCAGGUGACCACGGUGGGGCGCCGCCUGAGUGUGGGCAGCUCCAUGAGGAGCGCCAAGGAGCAGGCAGCGCUGCAGGAGGGCCACAAGCUGUGCCUGUCCACCGUCGACCUGGAGGUGAAGUGCCACCCAGAUGCUGCAGCGGCCCCCUCAUUCAUGCACAGCGUGUUCAGCCCCAUCCUGCUGCUCAGCCUGGUCACCAUGUGUGUCACCCAGCUGCGGCUCAUCUUCUACAUGGGAGCCAUGAACAACAUCCUCAAGUUCUUGGUCAGCGGCGACCAGGACAUAGUCAGUCUCUAUACCUCCAUCUUUGGCGUGCUCCAGCUGCUCUGCCUGCUGACGGCCCCUGUCAUUGGCUACAUCAUGGACUGGAGGCUGAAGGACUGUGACGAUGCCUCUGAGGAGCCUGAGGAGAAAGACACCAGCCAAGGCGAGAAGAAGAAGAGGCGGGACCGGCAGAUCCAGAAGAUUACCAAUGCCAUGCGGGCCUUCGCCUUCACCAACCUACUGCUCGUGGGCUUUGGAGUGACCUGCCUCAUUCCCAACUUACCUCUACAGAUCCUGUCCUUCAUCUUGCACACGGUUGUGCGCGGAUUCAUUCACUCUGCCGUCGGGGGCCUGUAUGCCGCUGUGUAUCCUUCCACCCAGUUUGGCAGCCUCACAGGACUGCAGUCGCUGAUCAGUGCACUCUUCGCCCUCCUGCAGCAGCCCCUGUUUCUGGCCAUGAUGGGCCCCCUCCAAGGAGACCCUCUGUGGGUAAAUGUGGGGCUGCUUGGCCUGAGCAUGCUGGGGUUCUGUCUCCCCCUCUACCUGAUCUGCUACCGGCGACAGCUGGAGCGGCAGCUGCGGCAGAAGAGGGAGGAUGACAAACUUUUCCUCAAGAUCAACGGUUCAUCUAACCAGGAAGCUUUCGUGUAGCACCCACCACCUCAGAACUGUGGUCUCCCGCCCUUGCUUCAGUGACUGAGCAACGUCCUCCUCCCCACGCAGAGGAACCCACGCGCCCCUAGGAUCCUCUGCUUCACCACGUUGGAGUCCACGCUCUCUCCCAGGGUCCUGGUCCUGCCUCAGAGCUCUUCGGUGGAAGGGCGGGAGAGGACCAGGACGGGCAAUUUUCCUACUGCUGGAGACAGGGGCUGCCUUGAGCUUUGUUCUGCUUCCCUCGAGGGGCCUUGCAGGAGGAGCCAGGAGGACCCCCAGCAGGCAGGCUCUCUCCUCAAAGCGUCUGGAUUCUGCCUCUUGCCAAAGCAGAGGGGUCUGCCAUCUACUGCCUGCCCCCCUCCUCUCGGCUGCAUACCCACCAAAUCACUCCUGCCUGAGGACAAAGGCUUGCACUGUCUGCAGCCCCCUCGCCUGGCCCCUCGCCUCCUCUCCUGGCCAGUCAGGCUGCCUGAGGAAGGAAGGACCCGCUUCCUGUUGGUGCUAACUCCUUUGUAAUUCCAGCCUGUGGCCUAUCCUCCCGUUAGAGGCCUGUGGAGAAGCCCCACUGGCUUAAAGUCUGGGGAGGGCAUGGAGGGCAGGUGGUCACACUAAGCCUUCAGGGGCCAUGGACAAAGCUGAUGGGUCACUCCCUUACUUCCUCCUUCAGGGCCAAAGGGGGAGCAAGUUUCUGCUGUCACCCUUUAUCCAGGCUGAAGAGAAUUAAGGGGGUACCACCAGGGUGUGCCCCCCACCCCCAGCCGCAGCUGUUUUUGUGGGGGUGAAAGCGAGGCUGUGGCUGACAGACCUGAAAGUCCAAGCCUUGAGGAGAAAGUGGAUUUGCGAGGGGCCUAGGGGUGUGUGUACACGUGAAAUGUGUGUGUGUGUGUGUGUGUGUGUGUGUGUGUGUGUGAAAUGUGUGUUGGAGGGGAAUGCUGGUGGGGGUGUGCGGGCUCUGGGUGUCUGCCCUGAUCCUCCCAGACAGACCAAGAGCCAACGCGGAACCCAGGAGCCAGCCAAGCUCAGGGCUAGAAAAGGUCUGAAGCCUCCUAGCUGCAGGGCCACAGUGUCCCCUGCUGGCCAGCUGCUCCACAGCUGCCCUUCCUCUGCUGGGUGGCCUGGCUCACCAACGAUCCCCUUUGACUGCCCCCGCCAGAAAUGUGUCUGAGACUUCCUGGGAUUACUGAGAAGGAUGGGUUGAUUUUUAGUUGUUUGUUUGUUUUCCUUUUAAGUUUUAUCAGAUUCCUUUUUAUAAAGCAAUAAAUUCAUUUUCCUCCUGGUAAGGGAUGCCCCUUCGAACAUAGCAGUUAAUGGCUCCUGUGCCUAUUUUGAGGUAGAGAAGAAAAAGGCAGAACAAGACUUUCUGCCACUGACCAGCCCUAGUAGUACCCAGUUGCUCCCCGUCUUUCUGGAUGACCACCCCUCCUUGAGAGGGGCUGGGGGCCAGGAAAACACCUUCUGCCCACCUGCCCCAAUAGAGUUGUUGUUAGAUGCCAUGGAGUCAGCCCCCGUCGUGGCGCCCUUAAUGUGUAACAGAACAAAGUGCUGCUCAGUCCUGUGCUGUCUUCGUUAUCGUUAGUAUGUUUUAGUCCAUUGUUGUGGCUAUUGUGUCAAUCCAUCUCAUGGAAGAUUUCCCUCAUUUUUGCUGACCCUCUGUGCAAACAUCCUAAAAGUGUGGGCCACCUCCUCCUCUGCCACUUACACCAGGCACCCAGAAGAAUCUUGACCCCUUUUCAUUUCUUGUCAGAUUUCCCGUCACUGUUCAGCAAUCCUGGAGGUUCCUCCUGAGUCCCUGAUACGGGGACCUACCAAUGGCCCCAGGAAGCUGCCAACUUAGAACAGAGAAGCAGGAUUCUGGUGGGGGCGGGAGGUGUGAGGGGACAGCAAACUGAAACAGGAAGAGGAAGACCCAGGCUCUGCAUCAAGAGUUGAGCCUCUUUAACACACUUGAUCUAGGCUUCAGUCUGCUUCACUAUAAAGCAACAAAAAAAGAGCUAGAUCAACAUAUCCCAAACUUCCUCAGAAGGCUAGUUCUGUGAGAUGUUAAUGGUUAAUUAAAAAAAGUUUUAUAGUCAAAUUUGGGGAAUGUUGAGUCAAAGUCAAACAUGUUUCUUUAUAGUGGGCACUUGUGACGCAUCCCAGGGCAGAGAUUUGUGGCUUUACAAGAGGAGUGUGGUAUGCUGCUGGGGAGGGGGUUUCCUAUCUAGAGCCACCCUCUACCCUGCCUAGCCCGAGGACCACCUGCGCUGGAAGCUGCUGGUGUGCUUGUUUCACAGGUAGACUCCAGGUCCUGCCUCUGACCCAGAAGGAAUGGAGUCUGCAUUUUGCUCAGCCCCACCUAGUGUUUCUGGUGCACCUAGAGUUUAGGACCCAUGGAUGAAGAGGUGUGAAUUUUUGGAAACACUGACCUAGGGGAUUAGCAUGGGCCCUUCCGGUUGGGAAGAUGUGCUGAGGUUCCGAAGCCACAGCCUGUGCUGUCCCCAGCAGCGCCUGGGCCCAGCCAGAGUGGGAGCUGCUGCCUGUCUCCCACCCACCCGCAGGGUGUGGGCACCUUGUGGGAAGAAGCAGGCACCAAGAAACUAGAAUUCAGGGUGGAAAACAGUCCAGAGCCAACAGUGCAUGGGAAGUGGAGGCAUGAGAAUGGGAGUAGGUGCAGAGGCUGGGGUGAGCCAGAUGGGUUUGGUAUCCCCUGUUCCCCCAGCCCAGUCAGAGACCAAUCAUUCUGCCCUGGCUUUGUGCAGCGGAUGGAUUACAUACUUUUCCAUUAUUAUCACUGAAUCAUGAGAACAACCCGUAAGUUACAGAGAUACUAUCAUCCCUAUUUUACAGUUGGAAAAAUUGAGACCCAAAGAGGUGGAGUAACUUCCUCAAGGUAGAGCCAGGACUCACAUGUGGGUCUUGAGUCACUGGAGUGCUUGGGCCUAAAGACCAGGACAUUUGGUUCAGAGAAGCAGUACUAAGGCCAUCAGGCUUCCAGAGCAGGGUGGUAAUAGGCUGAGGAGGGGAGCUUCCUCUGGGCAGUGGGGUGAGCUCUACUCGUUAGUUAUUUGACCCUGGAGGUUGAUUGGUCCUUGGGGACCAAUUCCCUAGUCAUCCCAACCCUCCUGGUGCCCUGGGAUGGGCAAGGGACCACAAGCUGGUCAAAAGGAGUGGAUACCAAGUCGCCACAGCCCUCCCAUCUUCCCCCUUGUCCUCCGUGCUGGGGCCAGUGGGGUAGGGGGGAGAAAGGAGCAGGAAGUGAUGCUGGGCCUUGUGGUUCAGAGAGCGAGGAAGGGGCUGGGCCAUGCCAGGAACUGCUUUCCUCUCUAGUCUCUCUGCCACCCUGGGGUCUAGGCUUCCUUUGUGGUUGGUUUCCCCAAGCCCUCUGGGCUUUUGCCUGAAGCUCCUGCUGCUAGGGCCUGAACAUGGGAAGCUUCCAAUCCUCAAAGGCUGUGGUUGCUGGUGCUUGUGGAUUCCUUUCUGGUUUGCUCCAUCUCCCCUCUCCUUUUGUACCUAGGAUCAGCCUGGUGAAAAGAACCACUCAAGCCAUCAUUGUCACGGCCCUGGGCUGUGCCAACUGAGGAGGGCAUCUCACUGGCUCAGGUCCCAAGGACACUGAAAAUGGGGAACACCCAAUACAGGUGCUAGAUGGUCCCAGACAGUAGCACAAACACAUUGAGCGAAGUGGAGUUUCUGGUGCAUUACAUGUCAGCCUGUGGAGAUACGAGCAGAUCUGCAGCCAGGGCUGGGUGAUGGCGGGGGUCGGGGGGGAAUCCAUGGGCAUCCUAUAGUGAGGGCUCCUCUUAGCAGAGUGGGGCCUCAGGCGCUCUGAAGUAGCAGCACCCCUCCCUUCGAAGGGUUUCAUGAACUCUUGGGGGCAGUGAGAUUUCUCAUCACUGCAAAUUACUGGGACCCAACUCAAGUGCGGUAGUGCAUCUUCUCCAAAUAUACCAAACUAGUUGCCGUUGAGCGGAUUUGGACUCAUGGUGACCCCAAGUGUGUCAAAGUAGAAGUGCCCUCUGUAGGGUUUUCAUGGCUGUGACCUUUUGAAAGUAAACUGCCAGGCCUUUCUUCCGAGGCGCCUCUGGGUGAGUUCAGACUGCCAACCUUUUGGUUCAUAGCACAGAGCUUAACUGUUUGCACCAAAUAUACCGUGGGAUUAUGAGGAUUAGGAGUCCAGGGCCACCAAAGUGGGGGGGUUUUCCACAGACUAGGCUCUCCCCUGGGGCAAGGGGGUCCAGUGGUGAGCAGGCACAGUAUGUGAGCCUGUUGCCCCCCUCCGCGAUGCCUUGACUCAUCCCAAGCCCUGAACUGACAACAGAACUUCUCAAGUGCCACAGAGAAAGUGUAGCAUCCUCCACGUGGGUGGCCUGCACAGCUCAGGCCUCUCCCUGCCAUCCGGAAACUACCACCCACCUCCCACAGCCCUGCCUCUGCUGUGCCCCUGGUCUGUACAUGUCCAGCUCUGAAGUUAGUUGUUCUUAGCCCCCUGGAGAGCUCAGAGACUAAGCCAGGGCCACUGGCAGCUCCCGGCCCCUGACCCUCUUCAGAGUGGGGCUCCAUCUCUCCAUGCCCAAGAAGAAGUUGGGGGAGGAACAAAAGGUAGAGGCUUUAGGGCCACACAGAUACCUGUUUAAAUCCCAUCCCUGCCUACCAGAUACUCUUGGUGACCUUAGGCAAAUCUUGAGUCUGGGUUUCCUCACCUGUAAAAUGGAGGUAAUAAUACCCUGGCUGUGAGGCUUAGUGAAAAUGUACACAAAGCAUUUGCACAGUAGUAUACCUGACACUUGAUAGGCACUUAACAAGUGGUAGCAUUAUUUUUAUUACUCUAGUGGCGUGCAGAUAACACAGGGGCCGAGGAACAACCCCUACCACCACCCAUGUCAUUAGGAUACCGGCUUUAGGCAGCUCUGACCAGGAAAGACUCGUGGCCAAGUAGAGAAGGAAGUGAAGGCCAUAUCUGCUGACUCCUACCCCUCUCAGAACCCCUACCUUCUCUGAUAGUAGAUGUGCCGGUACUCUGGCAGGUGUAUGUAGACAAGGGUGUCCUGAGUCACGGCCACAUCAGCAGCACCUCCAUGCCAUCUCCUUGUGAAACUGCUUGGCUGGGUGUGUGUGUGUGUGUGUGUAUUCUGGCCAUGUCAGGGAGUGCAUGUGCAUAGAGGCGGGUGAGUCGCUGAUAACCAGGGUCAGUCCAGUGUGGCUGAUAAGUCUGCAGCUGGUCCUGGCUCUUCUCUACCCCUUUGCUGUUUCUUGCACCUGGCAUACCUCCUGGCACACAGUAAGCACUCAAUAAAUGUAUGCUGAGAAUGACUAAGAACUUCUUC